AUGGACGACUACCGCUUCCAAUUCAGCCCGCCAGACUCUGCCAACCACUUCCACUCCAUGUCUCCAAAUUUGCUGAACGGCCCCUCGAGGCGGGACUCCUAUCGUCGUCGCAACAGCCUACCCACCGCCGUCGCAUCCAGUCCCUCGAGUCAAGUUCUGGGCAUCCCUACGCCAGAGAUCAACUCACGAAAUGGCCCCUCUGCCUCUGAACUGUCUGCCGCCAUCUCCGAGCUCUCGCGCACUGGCACGCCUUCCAUGGUCCAACUGGCCGCCUUGACAAGCCCCUGCUUCUUCCACCGCCGUUUUGGUGAUGCCGUCAACAUUGAAAAAGUUCUGGAUGAGAUAAAGGAGGAUGCUCAGCUGUCACACAGUCGUCUUAUGCAGACGGCUGCCAGUGUUCGCGAGGUCUCACGACAACUACAAAGACGCUCCACCAAGCAAGCCGUGCGCAAUGUCAUGAUAGUCACAAAAGCCCGCGACAAUGCCUUAGUGGACCUGACGCGCGAGUUGGCCGAAUGGCUACUGUCCAGACCGCGUUAUGGCAGCGACGUCGGUGUCAAUGUCUACGUCGAUUCGAAGCUGCGCCGCUCCAAGCGCUUUGAUGCAGACUCGUUGACUGCCAAAGACAGCCGCUUCGAGAGCAUGCUUCGCUUUUGGACUCCUGCUCUAUGUUGGGCUUCUCCUGAGAUGUUCGAUCUCGUCAUUACUCUCGGAGGAGACGGCACUGUUCUCUUCACCUCGUGGCUAUUUCAACGCAUCGUACCACCCGUCAUGUCCUUCUCCCUGGGAUCCCUAGGCUUCCUUACAAACUUUCAAUUCAACCAGUACAAGCAUCAACUAGACCGCAUAAUGGGCGAUGCGGGCAUGAGAGUGACUAUGCGCAUGCGAUUCACCUGUACGGUCUACAGAGCGGCUGCAUCAAACCCCUCGUCCUCCCUCACCCCUCACAACACCUCGGACCCGGCAUAUCCUGUGACAUCAAAUCCAACCAAAAUCGAGGGUGAGACUCACGAAGUGCUCAACGAGCUGGUCAUUGAUCGAGGACCUUCUUCCUACAUCUCAUCAUUGGAUCUGUACGCCAACGACUCCCUAGUUACACGCAUCUCUGCCGACGGUGUCAUCCUCAGUACACCGACAGGCUCUACCGCGUAUUCCCUCUCAGCGGGCGGAAGUCUGGUACAUCCCGAAAUCCCUGCUAUAUUACUUACACCCAUCUGUCCUCACACUCUAUCCUUCCGCCCGAUGAUUCUGAACGACUCCAUGGAAUUGAAAGUCUCCGUCCCUACCAAAGGCCGAGGCGGUGGCUUCGUUAGCUUCGAUGGCAAAGGACGGAUUGAACUCGGCCUGGGCGAUGAGGUCGUCGUGAGAGCGAGCAAAUACCCUUUCCCGACCGUUCUUAGUCAACCAAUGGAAUGGUUCGAUGCUAUCAGUCGUACAUUACGUUGGAACACUAGAGCUGCCGAGCAGAAAGACUGGGCUGGGGAUGAGAGAGACGACGAGGUUGACGAAGAUGGUGCCCAGAAGGGUAGCAAAGAACCUGAAUUCGACAUAGAUUUUGAAGACGAGAUGGACAGUGUUCGAGAUUCUGGAUAUUCUGGGUCGAGCAGUACUGCAUGA